UGUGGAUAAACGGGACUCAUCCCGUGCAAUUUAAUGAAAUUGUAACUCGCACUGUGUGUAAUGCCUGGUCGGGUUCCUGCUGCCGUUUUCCCUCACACACCAUCCAGAUCAAACUUUGUUAUGGAUACUACGUCUACAAACUUCAAAUGCCAUCUGCAUGCUGGCUGGCAUAUUGUGCAGAACUUCCACUCUUUAGAGCAUCAUCACAAAAUGAGACCAGCAUCACUCUGCAGUGGAAUAAAGUCAACAACAACACCAGCUUUGUUCUCCAGUUUAACGGCACAGAAACAUUCAUCAGUUCACCAGAUGGAGAUGGACCAGUAACUCACACAGUCUCAUCUCUCACUGCUGGAACUAGAUACACAUUUACUCUCUUCUCUGUGUUUGAGAACGUCAGAAGCAGUGGAGUUCAACUUAUAGCCUUCACUGCUCCUCUUAAUGCAGAAGGAUUGACAAAGUCAAGAGUAAAUGAGACCAGCAUCACUCUGCAGUGGAAUAAAGUCAACAACAACACCAGCUUUAUUCUCCAGUUUAACGGCACUGAGACAUUCAUCAGUUCACCAGAUGGACCAGGACCAGUAACUCACACAGUCUCCUCCCUGACUGCUGGAACUAGAUACACAUUCACUCUCUUCUCCGUGUCUGAGAGCAUCAGAAGCAGUGGAGUCAGCAUCACUGCAGUCACUGCUCCCUCUUGUGCUGGCUGUCAGUGUUGUCCCUCCGGCACAGAGUGCAUCACCACCAAUGGAGCUGUUCAAUGUCUCAACCCCUGUGCCAACUACACUAUACUGAAUGAUACAUGGCGUUCAACAGAUUACACAGACCAAAAUUUCUUACAGUGCGACAAGUCUAUUACCUGGAAUGGCUGGUAUCGCUUUUAUUUGGGGCAAAGCAGCGCUCAGAUUCCAGAGAAAUGUGUAGCAGAACGUAGAUGUGGAACCCAUGCUCCUUUGUGGAUAAACGGGACUCAUCCCGUGCAAUUUAAUGAAAUUGUAACUCGGACUGUGUGUAAUGCCUGGUCGGGUUCCUGUUGCCUUUUUCCCUCACACACCAUCCAGAUCAAACUUUGUUAUGGAUACUACGUCUACAAACUUCAACAGCCAUCUACAUGCAUGCUGGCAUAUUGUGCAGAACUUCCACUCUUUAGAGCAUCAUCACAAGAUGAGACCAGCAUCACUCUGCAGUGGAAUAAAGUCAACAACAACACCAGCUUUGUUCUCCAGUUUAACGGCACAGAGACAUUCAUCAGUUCACCAGAUGGAGAUGGACCAGUAACUCACACAGUCUCAUCUCUCACUGCUGGAACUAGAUACACAUUCACUCUCUUCUCUGUGUUUGAGAACAUCAGAAGCAGUGGAGUCAGCAUUGCUGCAGUUACUGCUCCUGAAAAUGCUGAAGGCUUCAGGGCAUCAAAACAAAAUGAGACCAGCAUCACUCUGCAGUGGAAUAAAGUCAAAAACAACACCAGCUUUGUUCUCCAGUUUUACUACAUAGAGACAAACAUCAGUUCACCAGAUGGAGAUGGACCAGUGAAUUAUACAGUCUCAUCUCUCACUGCUGGAACUAGAUACACAUUUACUCUCUUCUCUGUGUUUGAGAACGUCAGAAGCAGUGGAGUUCAGCUCCCAGCUGUUACUGUACCUUCAAAUCCAUACAUCGACAUAUCAACAUACCAACAAAAUGAGACCAGCAUCACUCUGCGGUUAUAUGUAAACUACUAUGUCAGCCACUUUAUUCUCCAGUUUAACGGCACAGAGACAAACAUCAGUGCAUCAUAUGGAUUAGGAUAUAGAUAUGGAUAUGGAUAUAGAUAUGGAUGGGCAACAGUCUCAUCUCUCACUGCUGGAACUAGAUACACAUUCACUGCCUUCUCUGUCCUUGAGAAUUUGAGAAGUAGUGGAGUCAGCAUUGUAGCUGCUACUGUUCCUCUAAACACAGACAGUUUCAGACAAUCAUUGCAAAAUGAGACCAGCAUCACUCUGCAGUGGAAUAAAGUCAACAACAACACCAGCUUUGUUCUCCAGUUUAACGGCACAGAAACAUUCAUCAGUUCACCAGAUGGAGAUGGACCAGUAACUCACACAGUCUCAUCUCUCAUUGCUGGAACUAGAUACACAUUUACUCUCUUCUCUGUGUUUGAGAACGUCAGAAGCAGUGGAGUUCAGCUCCCAGCUGUUACUGCCCCUCAAAAUGCAAAAGGCUUCAGAUCAUUGAGACAGGAUGAGACCAGUAUCACUCUACAGUGGGAUCCAGUCAAUAACAAUGUCAGCUUCAUCCUCCAAUAUAAUGGAACAGAGUUGAAUGUAGCGGCACCAACUGGAAAUGGACCAGUAACUCUGACACUCCCAUCUCUCACUGCUGGAACUAGAUACACAUUCACUCUCUUCUCUGUGUUUGAGAACAUCAGAAGCAGUGGAGUCAGCAUUGCUGCAGUGACUGCUCCUGAAAAUGCUGAAGGCUUCAGGGCAUCAAAACAAAAUGAGACCAGCAUCACUCUGCAGUGGAAUAAAGUCAAAAACAACACCAGCUUUGUUCUCCAGUUUUACUACAUAGAGACAAACAUCAGUUCACCAGAUGGAGAUGGACCAGUGAACUAUACAGUCUCAUCUCUCACUGCUGGAACUAGAUACACAUUUACUCUCUUCUCUGUGUUUGAGAACGUCAGAAGCAGUGGAGUUCAGCUCCCAGCUGUUACUGUACCUUCAAAUCCAUACAUCGACAUAUCAACAUACCAACAAAAUGAGACCAGCAUCACUCUGCGGUUAUAUGUAAACUACUAUGUCAGCCACUUUAUUCUCCAGUUUAACGGCACAGAGACAAACAUCAGUGCAUCAUAUGGAUUAGGAUAUAGAUAUGGAUAUGGAUAUAGAUAUGGAUGGGCAACAGUCUCAUCUCUCACUGCUGGAACUAGAUACACAUUCACUGCCUUCUCUGUCCUUGAGAAUUUGAGAAGUAGUGGAGUCAGCAUUGUAGCUGCUACUGUUCCUCUAAACACAGACAGUUUCAGACAAUCAUUGCAAAAUGAGACCAGCAUCACUCUGCAGUGGAAUAAAGUCAACAACAACACCAGCUUUGUUCUCCAGUUUAACGGCACAGAAACAUUCAUCAGUUCACCAGAUGGAGAUGGACCAGUAACUCACACAGUCUCAUCUCUCACUGCUGGAACUAGAUACACAUUUACUCUCUUCUCUGUGUUUGAGAACGUCAGAAGCAGUGGAGUUCAACUUAUAGCCUUCACUGCUCCUCUUAAUGCAGAAGGAUUGACAAAGUCAAGAGUAAAUGAGACCAGCAUCACUCUGCAGUGGAAUAAAGUCAACAACAACACCAGCUUUAUUCUCCAGUUUAACGGCACUGAGACAUUCAUCAGUUCACCAGAUGGACCAGGACCAGUAACUCACACAGUCUCCUCCCUGACUGCUGGAACUAGAUACACAUUCACUCUCUUCUCCGUGUCUGAGAGCAUCAGAAGCAGUGGAGUCAGCAUCACUGCAGUCACUGGUAACAUACUGAAAUUCUAAUAUAUUAAACUUUGGCUUUUAAAUUUCUAAACGCUAUAAAUUAAGCCUGUGUUUGGUGAAAUAUGAAGGACUCUGCCAAUAAAUGUUUAACAUUUAUUUUGAAGAGUUGCAGGUAGUUUGAUGAGACACACAAGGCCUUAGUAGCUCAGGAGCUGCAAUUUAGUGCCCUUCACCAACCAGUGUCAGACUUUGCACAUCAUGUGUUUUUCAUCUGUGUCUUAAAAUCCAAAGGGUUCCCAAACUAAUGGACAGAUUUUUAGUCUGAAAAUCACUGCUGCUGCUGUUUCGGAUUUUGUACAUAUUCUGGUCAUUUUGACCCUUUGUGAUUUCUUACCGUUUUUUUCAUGGUUGACUUAUUCCAAGAAUAAAAUGUUGUUAUUGUCUGAUGUUUCAAAUUGCUCAUGUGUUAGUUCAUCCACGCCUUGCUGACAUUGCUGUCCCUCUGCACUCCUCUUUCUGCCAUCUUGUGGUGAUUUUUUAAAAACAUAUGGCUGGAAGAGUGCCUCAUGCAGUAGACAUUACCAAAAAACACAUAUACUUGUGAUGCAGAAUGUGCUCAAAUGUAACAACUGGUAAAAAU